AUGAACUGGAUUGAACAUAAUAAUCCGGAACGGGAGGACGUCCAGAGUAUUUUUGAAAAUGUGCGACUGGAUAGUGUUGACCGACAAUUUCUUGUUAAUGAGGUAGCAUUUUCAAAGAUCGUUCUUGAGAAUAGCGCUGUGAGGGAAAAGGUACAAAAAGUGUUAUGUUCGUACGAUCCACGACUGCCAACUACAAGCAGGUCACUUGCUAAAAUACGUGAUGUCUUCGUACUACACCACACCGGCAAGUUACUGCUGUUGUCUUGUUUCACGUCACAAGAGAAGUGGGAAGACGUCUCGCCAGCCCCAACAGAGCCGGGAGAUUUUUAUUCAGCAGCGAGUUUGGAUGACAAGAUCUACAUCACUGGUGGUAAGCAACAACCGAAAUGUACACUGGUGUAUGACACCAUUAGAAAAGUGUGGAACGUAGGUCCAGAUCUCAACCAUGUACAUGAUGGUCACUGUACAGCCUCAGCUAGUUCUAAAGUGUAUGUAAUAAGCGGUCGUGAUACCAGUACAAUAGAAGAGAAGAGGGAGAGUGAGGCGCACUGGAAGGUGGUUGGUAAUUUGAGAUUGAACAGAGCGCGUGCUUUUCCUGUUACAGUUGGUGAGAACAUCCUCGUUAUGGGAGGACAAGUACACUACCGCUGGUCAGAGCUCAUCCAGUGUUUUAACACUAGAACCCGCGCUGUCACCAAGCUGGAUACAGAGUUGCCUUAUAACUCCAGCACACUAAGAGGAUAUGUUCACCUCCCAGAUGUAUAUGUGAUGGACAAUCGUGGCAUUGUGAUGCACAUUCAAGUCACUAACUGA